CCCAUCAUAGCCCACAUACCUAGGGUUCGCGGAAGGCAUAAAGACCGCACCGCCUUGCAAAUAGAACCCUGCCGCCGCCGCCGUUCUUCUUCCUCCUCGCUUCGUGUUAGAGGGUCGUCCUUCUCAGAUCAGAGAUGGCGGUGCCGCUUCUGACGAGGAAGAUCGUGAAGAAGAGGGUCAAGCACUUCAAGAGGGCCCAUAGCGACCGCUACAUUGGCCUCAAGACCAGCUGGCGCAGGCCAAAGGGUAUUGAUUCCCGGGUGAGGAGAAAGUUCAAGGGAUGUACUUUGAUGCCCAACAUUGGCUAUGGUUCUGACAAGAAGACCAGGCAUUACCUGCCAAACAAGUUCAAGAAGUUUGUUGUCCACAAUGUCUCCGAGCUGGAGCUGCUUAUGAUGCACAACAGGACAUACUGUGCUGAGAUCGCCCACAACGUCUCUACCAAGAAGCGGAAGGACAUUGUGGAGCGUGCUGCACAGCUGGAUAUUGUUGUCACAAACAAGCUUGCUAGGCUUCGCAGCCAGGAGGACGAGUGAAAUGUUCUUCCAGUGCUAUUAUGGCCGCUUUGCUUGUUGGAAACUGUUUGCUCUGGGAGCUUGUUUACUCAUCUGUUACUUUUAUGAUAUGAACAUGCUGUUAUUAUCAGUAACGACUAGCAGGCUAAAAUUUUGUUAAUGGUAUCAACCUCUAAAUCAGAAACUUGCUUUGUCUCUUGAAGACAGCAUGCUGAUCGUCU